UAAAAACUGCGGAAUUAUAUGCUGCCUGUCAAGUUCUAUCCAUAAAAGUUAUCUCCCGUGUAUUCAACCUCCUCACCUCUGUUCACCAUAAGUUUCUCCAUUCUUUUGUUCGUCCAGUGACCGACGGAGUCCUACGGGAUGUUGAUUGCGGUGGUAUCAUCGCAAUGGUGUAGAAGGGGCGGGGGGGAUUGAAAGUGAAAAAGUCAUCAAGUGCAUAUGUUUGAUGUAUUGAGUGGAUCCGUUGGAAUUUACAUUGUUAUUGGGGAAUAGAUCAAUCAUUCCUGAUUAGUCGUUAUAAAAUGGCUGAAGCACGCGAUUCACAAGCUGUGUCGCGGGCUAAUAUAAUAAAAACACUUUAUGAAUUGAGCGUUAUUUCAGUGACCAAAGGAUUGGGCACUUAUAAAAAAUCUCUGACAUAUUUACCAGAUAAUGUGCUCUUCGAUGUUUAUCGUCAGCUGUACAAAGAGAAGAGACUCUGCCUCCUGUCACAGGAACUCACGCACAUGGACGUUUUCACGAGAAUGCUCAAAGUCAGAGACAGGAGGACUGACUUGUUGCAGAUGUUUCAGUCAUUGAUGGACCACGGCACAAAAAUAGCAAACGAUAUAGUCGUCGCAUACAGCAUAUGCUGUCUGGAAGUCCUGAAGAAACCCUACGCCAAGAAGGAAGUAAUAAACCUUGGUCUUCGCCUGGGGAGUUUUCUAUGCGACAGUGGUUGGUACGUAGAGAGUGAGGAAGCCUUAAACGCUUGCAAGAACCUCUGCAUAAUGUCAAACUGCCAGGAGUACGAGACCCCUGAGAGCUUGUGUCGCACUCUCGACUGUUGUCACAAGUUGCUGCACGCUCAGACAGCGUACUGCAGCUUCAGGGGAGCAGCUGAGACCCACGAAUUGGCACUGGCAACAGUGAAGAAACUCGAAGUAGCUGGCUACAAGGACUUCAGUCAUGCUGCACUUUAUGCCGAAUUCAGUGUGUUAUUUUUCAUUAGGGGAGAAUACGAUCAGGCGUACAGAUGGAGUGUGGCUGCUCUGAAGGAACUUAAACCCAGCCUGCCAGCUCGUAUCACUAUAGAUGUUCUCAGACAAGCGGCCAAAUCCUGUGUAGUCAAGCGCGAGUUCCAAAAGGCUGGAUUGCUCAUUCGUCAGGCUGUCUAUCUGGCUCGCGAUGUAUUUGAUAUUGAUCAUCCAAAGUACAGUGAUGUUCUGAUCGAUUAUGGAUUCUAUUUGUUGAAUUAUGAUAGCAUUGUCAACAGUGUUUCUGUUUACAAGACUGCACUAGAAAUAAGGAAAAGAAUUUUCGGUAAAAUGAAUCUGCGUGUGGCAAUAGCACACGAGGAUCUUGCAUACGCUUUAUACGUUCAGGACUACAGCUCUGGGAGAUUCACACCUGCCAAUGAUCAUGCCACCAAAGGCAUUGAGAUAAUGGAGAAAUUGCUACCGAACGAGCACCUCAUGCUGGCCAGUGCUAAACGUGUUAAGGCUUUAAUAUUGGAGGAAAUCGCACUCGACACCGCACUAACAACUGAGGAGGAUUUAUUGAUGAAAUCUGAGGAUCUACAUUUGUCUGCUCUGCAACUGGCACAAACAGCUUUUGGUGAACGCAAUGUGCAGACUGCAAAGCACUAUGGCAAUUUAGGGAGAUUAUAUCAGAGUAUGAGCAGAUUUGAUGAAGCUGAAGCAAUGCACUUGAAAGCUAUAAAAAUUAAAGAAGAACUCCUGGGUUCUGAUGAUUACGAAGUCGGUUUGAGCAUUGGUCACCUUGCAUCUCUCUAUAAUUUCCACAUGACGAGGUACAGAGAUGCUGAGCUAUUGUAUUAUCGCAGCAUUGCCAUUAAUCUGAAAUUAUUUGGGAAGAGCUACAGCGGUUUAGAGUAUGACUAUCGCGGUCUCCUCCACAUUUACAUUGAGACGGGGGAAUUCGACAAAGUUCGAGAGUAUCAAGAUAUUCUCAAUCGGUGGAAAGACCUCAGAACCCAACACGCCGAGUCCGAGGAUCCGCCAAUUGAUCUCCACAAGCGUCCAGAACCCAUUCAAAAGGUCAUCGACACAUUUUUCACGAUGUAGUUGAAUUUAUUGUAAAGUAUCACAGAUUUAAUUACCCCCAGCCAUCAGGGGACAACUGUUACAGACUGCUGAGUCAUUGUAAACACAUUUUUCUCAACAAUUUUUGAAUAUUUUGCUUUUUUGAACUCUAGAAAUUGUUGACGAAUGAUUAUUAGGGAAUAAUUAUUUCCACGAAUGUUAAAUACAAACUGAUAAAUAGGCAAAGUUACUAAUUAUGUCGCAAAGCAAAAAAUAAAUAAAUAAAACACAGAAAUUCAAAUCACCGAAUGAAAUUUGGUAUUGGAUAGAUUUUUGAGUGAGUUCAGAGAAAAAUUGCAGAUUUUUUCCACUCAAUUAUGGAAUUAUCUCAAUUCUACGACGCUUUUUGUACAAAAUGUUUUUCUCCUUGAGUAUAUGCCCUCCUAUGUUUUUUCAUGGAAUCAUUCAUUUCUGAGACAAUUCCAUAAUUAACUACAAUAUCAGCAUUAUAGGUAAUAUCACUGGUUUAAUAAUCCGCGAACACUUGGAAAUUAUUGCUGCUGGUUACUGAAUCAUUGUGUACAAAUUCUACUCAGUAAUUAUUGGAUAUUUUGUUUUAAGAGCUCGGUAAUCUAUUUACCCAUUGUAAUUAUAGAAUAAUUGUCUCCAUGGAGGUUGAAAAUAAACUAACAAAUUAAUAGAGUUGUAACGCAUUAUAACGAAAAAUUCGUAAUAUACCUGGAGAUUCAAAACCACCCAUUCGAAUUCUGUAAUGAAAAAUUUCAAAACUUUUCCAUUCAACUGUGGAAAUGUCUCUGUAAUAGAACUCUUUCCUCUAAAAGACAUCAGGUUUUAUUUUUUAAUCACAUGUCCAAUACCCAGAGACUCUUGUACUCAUUAAAAAAUAUUACAAUUUUGUAUUUCUGUAUCUUUGUAAUUUGGAAAUUAUUUUUCUAGAUAAGUGGUUUGAGGAGAAAAUUUAGGAUUUUUUUUUCAUUUCAAGUCAUUUCUAUAUAUUUUCCUCUAUAACUGUCUCUCACCACAAUAAUUCCUUAAUUAUCACAGAUAUCUCAUUUUAUUAAAAAAUAUUUCACAAAAUUGCACAAAGAAAAGUUGACUAAAGGCACUGAAAAUUAAUACAUUAUCAGAUUGACUGACAACCCUUUAAUUUUCCACUUCUGUCACUUCAUCAAGCCUAUUUUUCUCUGUUAUUUAAAUGAUUGUACAAACUGAUAUCAUUUUCAUGCGUCUUUCAAUACGAUGAAUUGACACCAUUUUACUCCACUGCAAUUUACGGCUUAUUACCAGUGCAAAUGAAAAGCUAUAUGAAUGCAUAUAAGAUAAGAUAAGAUAAGCCUCUCUGUUCAACUAAUACUUAAGGCAUUACGAGAUAUUGACAUUUUCCUCGAGCCAAUUCCCGGAAAAUUCUGUAAUUAAAUCUAUCUUUAAAGCACUAUCAACAAAACUGAUAAAUUAUCGACACUUCUUCAAUGAUAAAAUUGGAAACAAAAGCAUAAUAAAAUAAGAAUGACAAAGAGGAGUUGGAGAUAGAACAUCUGAUACUGAGAGGCUGAGGUAAUUACUUAUACUUGAAAUUUACACAUAGCUAUUGCCAUUUUAACUAAUGCAGUGGCGAAAUUGGGGGGAAAUGGAUAGAAGUGUUCUAUUUCAAGAACUUUAUGCCGAAUUUUUUUUACUCAACUCCCUCAUAAUUGCGAAUAAUUCUGUUUCCACAACUCUCUCUCUCUCUCUCUCUCCCUCUUUCUCACGUUGUAUAUUUGUAAUUUAAUAAGAAAAAACAAUGAAAACCACGAAAUCGACUAGAGCUACUGCGAAACGACACAUCAGGAUUUUUUACGUUGAGAUAUUCUGAAAAAAGAUAAAAGCCCUUAGUAUGAAUGCCUAGAGUCGUUAUUCUUUUAGUUUGUAUAAUGUUAAAUUUUCUACAUAAAGUAAAGUCUGACAGUGAGAGGAUUUAUUGCAUUAAGUAACCUGUUUAUAUCACAAAUCGCGGUAAAUUGUUAAAUAUGUACUAUUACAAAUGAAUAACAUAUUUUAAAUGUAAUAAAUUCGUAAUGCAUGUAAUAAAAAUUGUGAUGGAAGAAAUACAACGUUUUUAAAAACAAA